UCAGUUGUGCGACUGUGAGAAGGCAUACGUCUAUUAUUUUGUUUCACUUCCCCAGCUUCUAUUAAAUUCUUGAAAGAACAAAAACUAACGUGAAAAAAUGUUGCCAGACUUUAUGUCCCUUAAGGGACUCUUUAAAAUUGAUCCAAUCAAGACAGACAACAACAUUUUUCGUUGUCACUACAAGUUGACUGUGAUUUUCCUAACCUUGUCUGCAACAUUGGUCUCUUUGAACCAGUACGUUGGAGAUCCCAUCGAUUGUUUCAUCAACGCUGAAAAAUCUCCGUUUCCCAACAAAGUUCUUGACAAUUACUGCUGGAUACAUUCGACGCACACCUUACCAAAUCAACCCGUAAUAAAAGGCGAAGGAUCCAUGCCUAUCCCCGGUCUGGGCACUCCAAAAGAAGGCGACAAAAUGAUAUACCACAAGUAUUACCAAUGGGUUGGAUUUUUCCUCCUUUUCCAGGCCAUCACCUUCUACAUACCGCGAUUCAUCUGGAAAUUUUGGGAAGCUGGAAGAAUGAAAGCCAUUGUGGAAGAUUUGAGUACCUCCAUCAUGCCGUCAGACGUUGAAGAACAAGCGAAACACAAUCUGGUCGACUAUCUUCUUGUUAACGUGAACCAGCACCAAGCAUACGCUGCUAGCUUUUUCGUCUGCGAAGUUCUGAAUGCCAUCAACAUUGUUGGAGAAAUAUUCUUGGUGGACAAAUUUCUCGGGGGCGAAUUCACAGAAUACGGAGGAAACGUUCUCGCGCAAACGGGCAUGAACCCGGAAGACCGCACCGAUCCCAUGUCUUACGUUUUUCCGAAAGUAACGAAAUGUCUGUUCAAGAUGUAUGGCCCGUCCGGUACCGUUCAACAGUUUGACGCUUAUUGCGUUCUACCCGUCAACAUUCUGAACGAAAAAAUUUUCAUUUUCCUCUGGUUUUGGUACAUUAUUCUUGCUGUAGUGACAGGUCUUGGCCUGUUGUAUCGGGUUUUCACUCUGGUUUUGCCCAAGCUUCGACUCUUCCUCUUGCAAAGACGGGCAGGACGAGAUUUCGAUUCCAGUCAAACCGAAACAGUCUUCCGCAGAUGUCAGAUUGGUGACUGGUUUGUUCUCAUGCUCGUCAGUAGCAAUGUCAACCAGUGGAUAUUCCAAGAAGUCAUAGAUGAGCUUGCAAAAAAAUUCAGAGGCAAAGACAUUCUAAAUAGUUUUAGCUUCUUCGUUUUUCAAUUCCAUUCGUUAAGACGUAUCGAAACAUUUGCAAGUAAUACAAUGUUGGGGGAUCUGAAUGCAGUAAAGAGCAUUCUGAAGAUUGCACCAAUCAAAACAGAUAACAAUAUCUUUCGAUGCCACUACAAGUUAACGGUAAUUAUUCUAGCCGUUUCAACCACUUUAAUAUCACUUAAGCAGUAUGUCGGAGACCCAAUCGACUGCAUCAUCAAUGCCGAAAAUAGUCCAAUUCCUGGCCCUGUUCUUGACAAGUACUGCUGGAUUCAUUCAACCCAUACGUUGCCGAAAGGGCCAGGCACGGAAGGACCUAUUCCUGGUCUUGGCACUCCAAAAGAGGACGACCAAUUGGUAUACCACAAAUACUACCAAUGGGUUGCAUUCUUCCUACUCUUCCAGACCAUCACUUUCUAUCUACCUCGUUUCGCUUGGAAGUUUUGGGAAGGCGGGCGGAUGAAAGCCCUUGUGGAAGAUUUGCAUUUUUCCGUCGUGCAAACAGACGUUCACAGAAACGCGAAACAUAAUCUGGUCGACUACUUGUUCGUAAAUGUGCAUCAGCAUCACGUAUACGCAAUCGGUUUUUUUGUUUGUGAGCUGCUGAACACCAUCAACAUUAUCGUCCAAAUAUUUAUGGUAGACGUGUUUCUCGGUGGCGAAUUCACCAAAUAUGGCACAAAUGUUGUGUCUCAAUCUGCAAUGGAUCCUGAAGACCGUUCCGACCCUAUGUCUUACGUAUUUCCUAAAUUAACAAAGUGCUUGUUCAAGAUGUAUGGUCCAUCUGGCACUCUCCAACAAUAUGACGCUUUGUGUAUCUUACCAGUCAAUAUUCUGAACGAAAAGAUUUUCAUUUUUCUCUGGUUUUGGUACAUCAUCUUGGCCAUUUUGACUGGCAUAGCUUUUAUCUUUAGAGUUGUCACACUUGUUGUACCAAAAGUUCGACUAUAUUUGUUAAAGAAGAAAGCUGGUCGUAGUUUUGAUUCCAGUGAAGUGGAAACAGUCUUCGGUCGUUGUCAUAUUGGCGACUGGUUUGUCUUGAUGCUUGUUAGCAGUAAUAUCACUCAGCGGACGUUCCAAGAAGUUUUACAAGACCUUGCGCAAAAGUUUAGAGGAAAAAAUGUUUAAAUCAAAAACAGUGAGCGGGAGUUUCCACUUGUAAUCAUGGAUACCAUUGCGUUUUCUCGCCAAUCCCAAAGCUGAUAUUGCCUGAAAAUAAUGGACCUCCCACAGAAUAAAGCAUUUUAAAAGUGAUAUCUAAAAGAAGGUGCAUUCAUGAGUACGCGAUGUUGCUACACAUGCUCAUACCGAUGGCUCACUGAUGUUACAACAUUUGUAUCGCAACGUUUCAUUGGCACAUUUAUAUACCUUCUUCCGGUUCCACGCAAUACAUUGUUUUGCUAUUUUAA